GUCCGAGGCAUCUGGAUAGGGCCAUGAAUAACACCGGAAUGAUAGAGAUAAAAACUCUCACACCAUUACCAUAACCAAUCGGAGGCGAGCCAUUCUAACCAAUCAGAGGCUAAUCAGAGACGAAUCAGAGGCGAAAAAGGCUGUACUUGCCGCUGCCAUCAUACGAAAAAAAGAUUCGCCACUGGCAGAGUGGGGUGUACACGGUGUUGCCAGAUUGGGCCAGAUUUCCGGCCAAAUCUGGCAACACUGGUAUAUACUGGUUGCUAUGGAGACGGCAUGACAACAGAAUACAGAACCGGUGCGCGUUUGCGGUCCGCCGGUGAACAGCAGAAAUGUCUUCUCUGAAUAGAAAACUAAUACAGAAUCUUGCAGAAACGAUAUCCAAACAAGUGAAGCACUUCAAUAAAACCGAAGUAGAGUGCCUGAUUCGGCUCUUCAACGGACUGAUGGGGGACGUGGCGGCGUCAGGACGGGCUGUGCACGGCUUGGACAGAGGGAGGUUCAGGAGCAUCCUGCACAACACCUUCGGGAUGACUGAUGACAUGCUAAUGGAUGGAGUUUUUCGGGCGUUUGAUAAGGACAACGACAGCUUCGUCAGUGUCAGAGAGUGGACAGAGGGACUGUCUGUUUUCCUUCGUGGGACCUUGGCCGAAAAAAUCAAAUACUGCUUUGACGUGUAUGACUUGAAUGGCGAUGGCUUCAUCUCCCGGGAGGAGAUGUUUCACAUGUUGAAGAACAGUCUGAUCAGGCAGCUGACGGAGGAAGACCCCGACGAGGGCAUCAAAGACCUGGUGGAGAUCACGGUCAAGAAGAUGGACCAUGACCAUGACGGCAGACUCUCUUUUAUAGACUUUGAGAAGGCAGUCAAAGAAGAGAACCUGCUACUUGAAGCCUUCGGAACGUGUCUCCCUGACGCCAAGAGUAUACUGGUGUUUGAGCAGCAAGCUUUCCAAGAUCCGUCGGAACGAUGAAGAAUUAGUAUGGAAUGUGAAUUUCUUUUGUUUUAAUAAAAAUAUAUUCAAAAAA